ACAAGCCAUCCAAUCAGAAUGGCGUGCUAAGGAAGUUACGUAACCAUUUUGAGCUUGAAAAUCAGCGGCAGGAAGCGCGAACAUUUACAGUCAGUCAGGCAUCCUGGAAUUGACUCACAGAUUUUCCAACUGGUCCUCCCUGAGUGGUUGCCCUCAACCUACCAAUCUGUGCUAAGCAAGGAGGCCUGAUCUCUGAUUUGAUCCCGGGGACACCACCAGCUGCACUCGUGAGCCACCCCAUUUUGUGUGUGUGUGUAGAGGGGAUUCCAAUGGCUGAGGGGUGCAUGCCAGGUACAGGUGACAACAGCUCUUCCACGGAUAAGGUGUUGAAAGAUCAUAUUCUCAGUGAGACGGCAUUUAAUCAACGUAUGGAUCGUUUAAAAGAGCCAUUCUGUCCGUCUAGUCCAGACACCUAUGCUAGCCCAGCAAAGCCACGUGUGCGAGCCCUUUCCAACGUUGUGUCUGGCAUUCAGCAGAAACUGCAAGGUGACGCGACACCGAGCUCUCAGCAGUUUUCUCGCAUUCGUCAGGAGCGGGAACAGGAGUUGAACCAGUUGCCCUUCCAACCAAUUAGUGAAAAUGCCUGGCUAAAGAGGAGCAGCUCUGAUCCUUUAUUAUUUCAGGGAAGGACCCCUGGCCUCUCAUCCCCCUCUUCUGGUGUUCCAAGAUCCAAGAGAGUGGUACAGUGGCCUCCCAUGCAGCAGUGGCAUGUCGAUGACAACGGACGGAUGAACAAUGGCAGCUACAUCGAAGCUGAUGCAUCAGGAGCACGGAAUGGAUCGUUAACAGUUUGUUCUCCUGGGGACCAUGCAACAUCCGUUGGGUCUGAGGCCAACAUUGAAGGGCAGCUGCAAUUUGAAAGGAAGGAGAAAAAUACUGCUCAAUGUGACAAUGAUGGAGAACAAAGACUGGAGAAGCCAGAUGAUCAGCCAGGUCACGUUUUCAUCAGAGUACCUGGGGAUGAAGAUCAGAACAAGUCAGAGCUGUCUGCAUGUGAAGAGCAGAACCAUCUAGAAUCAAGUCGUGUUGAGGAGUCCAAUAUCGCAUACAGGAAUAUUUCCAAUGUAACAGAACCGAGAGGCCGGGCUGAAGAAAACCUCAAGGAUUGUGAAUCAUCUUAUGGUGAUGAAACCAUGGAGCUCUCAACAGAGGAGGAGUUGAGGUUGUGGCGAUAUCCUACUUGUCAAGGUCCAGAAUUUGGCAUGUCUGAAAACCAGGUGGAAAGUGUGUGUGAUAACAAAGAUCACAGGUCAUGUGAACCACCCGAAGAGAAUAAACCUCUAGUAAGCAGCGUUGCACAGCAUAGUGGGCCCACUCGGAUCCAGGAAGGUGAACAUCGGAUGGCCAAUGUAUUUGUUGAGAUACACAAAGAUGUGACGCCAAGAAGAAAACGGAGGCGCUGUGAGUCAGAAAGCUGCACGAGAGACCAAGGAUCAGAGCAAUGUUGUUUGCCUUCAUUGAAGAAUGAUGAGGGAGUGGAAGAGUCUUGUAAAAAAGUUAAAGUAGAAACUAGCGCAGAAAAUAUUACCAACAACAAUGAAUCAGAACUGGGCCCUGAUGAAGGUGAUGGAUAUCGGCAGCUAGAGGUAAAUGACACCCCUCUCUCGAAGAACGUCACCCCGUUGUCAAAGAACCUUGAAGAAAUUAAGCAAAGGGCAUUAGAUGGCUGCCAGAGUAUGGUAGACCGUGGUCGGCCAGAAGAAACCUACACGGCAGAGGGAGGCGCACACUCAAUAAACCCGGAGCUUGACAUGAUCAGUGCCUCAAGUUCCUCUGGGGCCUCCAUGGAGUUGAGAGGAGAGACAAGUGUGGCAGAUGUUGAGGUAAGCUCUCUUGAUGAGACCAACACUGCUGAAAUAAUUGACCAGAUGUUUGAAGAAGUGCUGGAGUAUGCCGAAAGAAAGGACGAAAAGCAAUACAAUGAAGAGGACACAGAGGACCAGGAUAGUGGCAUCAGCAAUUGCUGUGGAGAGAAAGAAAGGGUGAAUAGUGAGUUAGAGAGUGAGAAAAGUAGAGAAUAUUUGGAUGCCAACGAAAAAGAGUGUGAGAAGUUUGAAAGCAAUGGGGAUGAACUAUUGACUUUCCCUCCUGAUGGUAUCCUCUCUCCACUCAGCAAGUUUGUAGAGGCUGUGGUAACCCCGCUGAAACGAAAGAGACAAGCAAGUGGCAUGGAUGCUUGUCCUGAAUCUCUGGUCCUGACCCCAAAAGAGACCCCUCGCUUUCCUGUUGAAACUGCUCCACUCUACAGUAUUGAUGCCUACCGCACACAAAGGCAGAGUAAGGUGCUGGCCACUCAGUGUGUCACCCCUGGCAUUCAGAGAGGAGUACCUGAAAAGCCCCACCCUCAAUCAUCUACCAGCAUCAAGGAGAAAAUAUUGGCACUAAAUGAAGAAGCAGCCAAGCUGCAGACUGUCAUCAAACAAACCUUGCAGGCAUUAAGUUGCUGUACUGAUGUCGAGCAUGGACGUGGUUCACUUGAGGAGGCUGAGGCUGAAAAGCUGCUACUUGUGUCCUGUGAGAAGUGCUCAGCAUUGCAAGCAGAGGUGGUCAGGCUCAGGGAGGAGAAGAGUUCAGAUUCUAAAGGCGAGGGGACUGAUAUGCAGCAGGCCUGCAGAGGAACUGUUAGCAUCACAAAUAUACAACUGCCUCUCAAGUUGGAAUACGUUUGUUCCUCACACAACAGCUCAGGUCGGCCAAGUUACUAUUUCUUCAUCCUGAUCCGUUACGGUCCCUGCAACAUCGUUUCUACGCCACUGGCGACAGCAGCAGAUGCUCAGAAUGGAGACACCAUUUCUUUCUCCACUUCUGUAACCCUGAAGGAUAUUCGCUCAACCUUUGAAAUUGAUGUUGAAGUUUACAGCCUGUCUCCAACUUCAGGGACUAACAGUGGUAUCGACCAUUCCAUCACCAGGUCAAGGGUAACUCCAAAAAAGCUUCUGAAUACCUUAACACACCGAACCAGCAACAAUCUCGCAUCCCCUGCUUUUCCAACCCUAUGCACUCGCCGCUCUAGUAACUUUUGUCUGGUGGGGUCCCACAAGAUCACAUUGGCCUCUCUGGGACACAACAAGUUCCUGUUAGAUAAGAUGAAACUCGAAGGCAAAAUUAGGAGGCUCCUGGGAGAUGAAUUUCAGGAAAAGGUGCCUUUUCUUUCUCCUCUAGAGGGCCACAUCUACCUGCAACUGGACAGCGAGAGUCACUCCUGUGUGCGAAACCAAGGUUUUCUGACAAUGUUUGAAGUUAUCAGCGGAUAUGGGGCGUGGCAUCGUCGAUAUUUUAUUCUGGAUGGGUGUACCAUGCUCUACUGGAAUCAUCCCAAUGACAAAGAAUCCAAGGCAGCAGAGGGUGUCAUCUCCCUGUCCAGCUCCCCCAAUCAGUGUGUCAGAGCGGUCAACAGGGACUCGUGUGCUCGACCUUACACCUUUGAGCUGGUGAGCAACGUCCUACAGCAAGAUGACAACAAUGGAGCCUUUGCUAAAUGUUGGUUUUCAGCUGACACCAAACAGGAGAAGUUGAACUGGAUAGAGAAACUCAGUCAAGCCCUUUUGGACUUCCAUACAUGGAACCGAUCAUCAGAAAUCCAUACAGAAAUGCAGCAGUCCAACAACUCAAGUGGGAACCUGAGGGAGAGCAUUCUAUAACUACUUUGCUAUAUGAGCACAUGUGAAGAGCUCUGAAUGUGCGUUUGCACCUGACACUACAGUGCACAACUGCAUUUUAGUGGUGAGCUGUAAAUUGUGAUUAAAACAAUAAAUAGUGACGUCUUUG